AUGGUAUCGCUCACGACCCUGAAUUCCCACGCACCAACAUUGUUUCUCCUAUGCCUCAGCUCCAUCGUCCUCUUCAAUGUGAGAACAGUGCACAUAGGCCUGUCGUAUCUCCUGGAGCUCUGGCCGGUCUCUCUGUUCUGCCUCUCACCGUUGUUGGCAGCCCAGAGGCUCAGCAACUCGAUAUGGCCGCCAGUUGUGACCUUGUCUCUCGCCCUCGGCAUCACAUUCUGGAACAUGGCGCUCGAUUUUGGCCUUGGCUUGCUCAUGGGCCUGGCUUGGGGCAUGUUCUGGUGGUUGGCCGGCCUCUUCGAGAACCUCGCGUUCAAGGGUGAUUCAGGUUACUACUCCCUCCGGAUCGCUGCGAUGUGGGUUUCGCUAGUGUAUGCGACGACGCGCUGCUUGGGAACAAUGAUAUCGCUAUCGACCCCAUUUCACGUGUCACCAGUCUUGAUACAGCCCGUCGCUCUCUUCGGCUUUUACAGUCUGGAGUUUGCUAUCAUAUGUAGCAACGCGGCUCUGGCGCAAGCUCUCACGUCUCACAAUCGACGACACGUGCUGAAUCUGUGGCAACUCGGGAUUUUGGGGUGGGCCCUCGUCAGCGUACUACUCUACUAUACGUCUAUGAUCCCUGGGCAGGCAACCGUCACUAUGGCGGCAGUUUCCCCAGGCGGUUAUUUGCCCAGUCCUUUCUGUGAUGAUGGUUAUAUUCUUCACCACGGUGAAAGAGUGCCGUGUACUGCGAGCAUUGAUGGGCAACUCGCAAGGACUCGGAGGGCCGUAGAAGAAUACGGUGCCCAACUUGUUGUCUGGCCUGAAGGUUGGCUGGGACCCUUCAAGAACAUGAGCACCGCGACAGACUUCGUUGAGAGAAAGCUUGGCCCGUUCGCCGAAGAACUACAGAUUUCCAUGACCGUCGGCGCAAGCACAGAAGGGUGGGGUAAUCUCGCCUUGACGAUAGGCCCUGCAGGGUUGAUAGAGAACGUCUAUGGAAAGCAGCAUCCGGUCCGUAUCAACGGUGAGAGGAGCGAGUUCGUGUUCGGUUACCCGACCAUGCCGUUGAAUCCCUUGCUGGUUGAUCAGCAUGUCAAUGCACUUUCAGCCGACAGCUAUGGUCGUCUCGGGUCGCUGAUCUGCUAUGAUAUGGACUUUCCGAGUGCAGCUCGGGAGCUUGUCUCUAGAGGCGCUACUCUCAUACUGAAUCCCUCCCAGGACUGGUCAGCCAUACGUGAUCACAUCGCCACCGCCGUUUUCCGAGCCGUGGAAAACAGAGUGGCCAUUGCUAAGGCCGAUGUCGGCUGGGAUUCGGCAAUCAUUGAUCCCCUCGGGAACAGGGUCGUUGGUUUCGAGAGAGCUGAAUGCACCGAGGAGGUCAUUGUCGGUACCGUGCCCCUAGGGACAGGCACAACCCUCGCGGUGUACCUUGGGGAUUUGGUCGCAGUAUCUUGCCUCAUGUUUGUCGCGCUCGCCCUAGUACAAGCUGCUGGGCAAUGGGUAACUAGCAGGCGUCAUGUUGUUUUCCAUAUCGUCGACCCCAGCAACAAGAUUCGGGAGAGUCCAAGUACUCGUAAAGUUGAGGUUCCCCGUCGGUGA